AUGGAAAAUAUUAACGAUCAUUGUAAUAAAGAGGGAAAUGAAUUAAAUAAAUCUAAGAAUUCAUCGGAUUGUGCUGUACGAGAAGCAAGUAAUGUAAUACUACUGGUAUCGAAUAGUUCGGAAACUGGCAAAUACAUUCAAACAUUAUGGUAUCUGAAACAUAUUAAUAGCACAGUUGGAAUCGAAACAUCAAAUGAAGAUGAGAAUGAAGUAGAGAUUGUGAAAAUCAGUGCUCGAGAUGGUCAUGAAGUGCACAGUGAUGAAAAGCUAUUGGUAACAAGCAACACACUAAUAUCAUAUGUUGCCCGAAGUUAUCGUUUUGUUUUUGUCAUUGAUAUCAGUCCUUCUACUUUCAUUGUGGAUGGGGCAGCAAGUUGUGUGCCACAUUCAAAAAUUAUCAACCGAUUACAACAAUGCCUGGAAGGACUUCUUGUGGAUGGAAAUUUUCUACCAGCAAAUAAAUUUUCUCCCGAAAUAUUUAUUACGAUUUGUUUCUAUAGUCCAUUUAUUGCUUUCGAUGAGGAUAGAGUUAUAGUGCAAGGUUGUUUGCUUACGAAAAAGAAUAUCGAUUGUAUUCUACAAUAUGUCCAAGAACGGUUUGCAUUGUUCUCUAAUAGACUAUGUUGGACUGUACAACCUCAUUUGAGAAAGUGGAAUCACGAGCGAAAGAAAUUACGACAGAGAGCUGGAGAUCUUCUACCGGAAAACUUCUUUCGGCAACAAUCCCACGCAACGGAUGGAUUCAGGGAUUCAAUGCACGGCCUGUUAGCUGCUCAAAUGACUUCUCGAACUAGUCGUACUGAUGAAGGAUUUAUUAAUUCAGAGUGGUCACUGAUGUUUAUGCUACGAGUUGGUCUUAUUGGUUUACAAUUGCUACCAGACACAGCGCAACCCAACAUAGUAUUGAUCACGGAUGCAGUAUGUAAUGUAACAGAUAUACACGCUUUACAAAAAUUAAUGGUUCAACUACGAAAUUACUCCAUCGCUUGUUCAUUUAUACAAAUUCAAGGAGAUUGCAAUACGAAUGCUGUGUUUGGACAUUUCUCAUCACCCGGUUUUUUGACUUUCCUUGCAAGGGGAACAUCAGGCAUCUAUAUACCAGACGAAUAUCAAGCUACCGCAGAUAAUGGUCUUGAUCCAAUUCAAAGUCAGUCACUUUUAUGCAAGAAUCUUCAGCUGUUGGAUACAUCAGAUAAUUAUAUUAAAGAUCUCAUUCAGCAAAUUAAUCCAGAGUUUGUUGAACCAUACACUUGUGGUGUUAUUCGUCGAAUGCACUACAGUAUGGAGUAUGAAUCAUAUUUGGAGUAUUUUAUACGUUUACGCCUUCAUGAGGGUUUUAUACUACGUGAAUUGAGAGUAUUGAAAAAAGGGGAUGAUCAGUCAUCGAUAUUGGUAGAACUUAGUCUACCUUGGAAACCGCAGGUGACAAUUGGCUAUAAAAUUUGCGCUCUCUCCGAAGAUUAUACAAAAAGAGCAAAGUUGAAAAUAACGGUAAUAUGUGAAGCACAAUGUGGCAUAAUACGGGAUUUGUUAUCCGAUCGUUGUUCCAUAAAUACAACAAAGCAGACUUUUUCAGAUGCAUAUCGACAUACUAUUUUUAGAUUGCUUGAAACGGAUCGCAUGUUAAUUCACGUUCAUUCAUUCAAUUCUUUGCCAGAUAUUUUUCGUCUUCCACCUGAAGUAUUAAAAGAAAAGUCAUUGUUUCGCUAUGUUAUAAAAGAAAACAAAGCUGUACUAACCAUAAGUACCAGAGAAUUGGAAACUUUAUGCUCACAAAAUGUUACCACAGCAAAUUUUGUCGAAUUUUGGCGGAUUAUAAGUGAAUUUGAAGAAAGGCUUUGGCAAAGUUGGUCACAAGUAUACACUUUUCGUGUAAUUCUUACUCAUGAUCAUCCGUUGCCUCCACGAUUAUUUCUGUUCGAGGAACCGAAUGUAAAAGUUACAUCGCAGCUUUCAUUAGCUGUAUUUUAUGAUAUGCUGGCACAAAUGACAACGUUUUCGCUUGUUCAUGGACAAACUUAUGUAAAUGAUAAUGAUAAUCAUAUUCCGAAAUCAUUCUAUAUUGUCAAAUUAAAUUUGGAGACUCAGUUGGUUGUAAUCAAACUUGCAUUCCUUGAUGGUCUUACGGUUGCGUUUAGAGAACAAGUAAUCAGAGAAUUCCAGAGAAACUUCACCUCACUAUCCAUUGAACGGAGUUGCUUUUUCACUAAAAUGCUUGAAUUUGCUGAUGUUGGAGACGACUGUGCCACAGUUGCCGAAACAAUGCAAUUGCCAGCACUGACUAUUAUUAAUCGUCCAUUGGAAAUAAUGCUUGCACGUUACAAGAAAAUUCCGCUUAUAUUAAAUCGAAUUAUACGACUGGAAAAAACCGAUGAAACAAAUCGUGAUCUGAUACUGCACAAUUCACUUGCUAAGUAUUUUUGUUGCAGACGUUAUAUUUGGUAUUUAAAGAAAGCAUUUCCCUUAUCAUCAUCUGUCAGCUGCAUUUAUGCGGAUUUUAUUCUUCACACUAUUCUGCAGAGACGUCUGAAUGAAGGAUUUCAUAUAGUGUAUGGUGAUAAUGGGAUAAUUAACCUUGUCAAACAUGUCGAUGAUAUGGAACAACAGCUGCACUGUGGGUCAGCAGUGCUUCAAUAUAUCAUAUUUCCACCAACAACUAUUCGACCUAUGCGAAUUAUGAAAGAACAUUUAGAAAAAAUUCCACCUUUAUCAAAAAUCGUUCGAAUACGUGGAGUUGAAACAAAGAAAUCAGUUCCAAGUGGUAAUUCCACAUUGAAAAGUGAUCUUGAUUUACAAUUAAUGACGGAAAUGUGGUUGGAACCGCUUGCUGUUAUUGAUCCUCAAUAUGUUACAUGGAGUGGAAUUAUUCAACAGCAAAAUUUAUCACUUUCUCUUAAUAAUUUGAGGAAAGACGAAGCACAGUACGAAUGGCAAGAACAUUUCUGA